AUGCCUGUCGACACCAACGGCACGGAGAUGACCGUCGGAGUCGUGGAACCUUUCAGCGACAACUGGGACGACGUGUCUGACGGCUGUCCGGCGCCCUACAGCCUUGUUGCGAAACAGCCGGAGACGCCUGUCUGCACGACGACAACGACGACGACUACGGAGAGCACAGCGUCCGAGACGUCAUCCACGACGCUCACAAGCACGUCGGCGACGAGUACCUCUACACUCUCUUCCUCGACGGGAAGCAGCAGCUUGACUCUCAGUUCGACGACGGGUACCAGCAGCACGACCGAGACGAGCACGAGCCAGACGAGCACGACCACCAGCAGCACGCUGACAAGCACGACCGACACCAGCUUCACGCUAACAAGCUCGACCGACACCAGCACAAGUUGGACCAGUUCGACCACAGUGUCAUCCACUACUGCCAGCAGCACCACAACACUGACAAGCUCGUCCGCCACCAGCUCCACCACCUUGACCUCAAGCGAGACAAGUUCAACAACGAAGUCUUCCACUUCCUCGCUCACGUCCACUACUGCCAGCAGCGCGACGGAGAGCAGUUCAACAACCAUUUCUGCCACCAGCACUCUCUCGAGCAUUUCUGGGACGUCCAUUUCUGGGACGUCCAUUUCUGGGACGUCCAUUUCUGGGACAUCAUCCUCUGCAUCGUCCUCGACGACUCCCACCAUCACGUCAUCGACAAGCUUGUCGACAGUCAGUUCAACCACGGGGACGUCGACUCCUACGAGGACUAGCGCCACGGACACUUCCACAGGUUCGUCUUCUACGUCUGUCAGCAGCUCCACAACGGUAAGCACUGCCACGGGUUCAUCGAGCACGACCGUCAGCUCCACUUCGGCGACCAGCUCGACGACGACGAAGAGCACGACUACUGAGUCAUCGAGCACGACGGUGACUAGCUCGACGACGAAGAGCACAACCACGGGAUCAUCGAGCACGACGGUGACCAGCUCGACGACGAAGACCACAACCACGCGGUCAUCCACCACGACUAUUACCGCUACCAGCUCGACGACCGUGAGCUCCACCAGCACGUCGGAGACCAGCUCGACGACGAAGAGCACAACCACGGGAUCAUCGAGCACGACGGUGACCAGCUCGACGACGAAGACCACAACCACGCGGUCAUCCACCACGACUAUUACCGCUACCAGCUCGACGACCGUGAGCUCCACCAGCACGUCGGAGACCAGCUCGACGACGAAGAGCACAACCACGGGCAGCUCGACGACGGUGAGCACAACCACGGGGUCAUCGAGCACAACUGUCAGCAGCACGUCGGCGACCAGCUCGACGACGGUGAGCACAACCACGGGAUCAUCGAGCACGACUGUCAGCAGCACGUCGGCGACCACAGCACGUCGGCGACCAGCUCGACGACGGUGA